UCAAAACAACUUUGACAACUUUUGAACAUGUGAAACAAAAUCCCCACUGCAAACAUUAAAUUUUAGUUUAUUUUUCUUUCUUCAAAUAAAAUUUCCACAUUAAAAUGUGUUCCAAAGCUGAGAAAAUACAAUGCUUAGAAAAGGAAAUCGAUGAAUUAACCACUAAAUUAGAAGCGAAAAAAGUGGAACUGCAGCAAUUACGUGCAAGUUCAAGUGAACCGAAUCCAUCAAACAAUAAAAAUUCGUUAACCAAUAUCGAAAUUGGUCGAUUCAGUCGGCAAAUUAUUUUACCCGAAAUUGGUGUGAAGGGACAAAUUAAAUUGCGGAAUGCGAAUAUUUUGAUUGUUGGAGCCGGUGGACUCGGCUGCCCUUCAUCGCUUUACCUGUGUGGAGCUGGAAUUGGUCAUAUCGGAAUCAUAGACUAUGACACAGUUGAAUUGAAUAAUUUGCAUCGACAAAUCGUGCACCAAGAAGAGAGCAUUGGCACUGCAAAAGCGGUGUCAAUCAAAAACCAUCUGGAAAAGCUAAAUUCAUCAAUAAAAGUGACGGCAUAUCAAGAUCAACUGAAUUCGAAAAACGCACUCGAAAUCAUACAGAACUAUGACAUUGUAUUGGAUUGCACAGACAAUGUCGCAACACGGUAUUUGCUGAACGAUGCUUGUGUUUUUCGUUCAAAACCGCUAGUGUCCGGCAGUGCACUACAGUUUGAAGGUCAAUUGACCGUGUACAACUAUCGGAACGGACCCUGUUAUCGCUGUUUAUUCCCGAAGCCACCGCCACCAGAAACAGUAAUGAACUGCGGCGAUGGUGGUGUCGUUGGUGCGAUUACUGGUGUCAUUGGGACAUUACAAGCACUCGAAGCGAUUAAAAUUGUGACUGGUAUUGAAAGCACUUUAAGCAGUAGACUACUAUUGUUCGAUGGUGUGAAUUCAACAUUUCGCAAUGUUAAGCUACGAGGCAAAUCAGGAAAUUGUGAAAUUUGUGCAGAACCAAGAAAAAUCACAUCACUCAUUGAUUACGAACAAUUUUGCGGGAUGAAAGCAUCAGAUAAAGAAUUACAAUUGGAAGUGCUGCCGCCAAAUCAACGGAUUUCUGUGCAAAGUCUUAACAAACAUCGUGAGAACAAUGACAAGCAUCUAUUGAUUGACGUUCGAUCCGAAAACGAAUACGAAAUCUGUAGCUUAAAACAAUCUGAAAAUCACCCAAUCAAAAUAUUUCAGGAUCCAAAUAGCGCCAGUCGAAAAGCAUUAAUCGAACGCAUCAAGAAUGAAAAGAUUCCACAAGUUUUUGUUAUAUGCCGGCGUGGCAAUGAUUCACAAAUUGCUGCCAAAAAACUGAUCGAAGAACUUGAUGAUUCUACAGUACAAAUCUAUGACAUCAUUGGGGGACUACAUGCGUGGACAAACCAAAUCGAUGAAUAUUUUCCAAAAUAUUGAAUAAAAAUUAUUUUACAGCUGAUGUUGGCUACUACAAUUUAAUAUUGAAAUAACUAUAUAUAGACUAAGAGACAUUGGAAACUAAAGAAAAUAUUCCUCUUUUAUGAAUAAAACAGAAAAAAGUUU